AUGGCCACCGCAGUAACCCGCUCUACUCCUGCUCCUGCACCCGCGAUGAUGGCUCUCCAAGCCCCUCAGCUCGGCCUCGCCGACGACGAGCUUCUGGCCCUCUUCCGCCGCGUCACGAUCAGUGGCUCCGCGGGCCACGACGUCUCAGAGACCCAGAUCAAGAAGGCCUUCGAGCAGGAGGUCAGCCGGCCCCUGGGCCGUCAGGUGCUGGAGGCCUCGCUGCGGGACGCGCACGAGUGCUCCUGCUACCACUGGAACUACCACGACCGGAUACGGGGCAAGGUCGACAUCAGCCGGGUCGACUUGAGCUUCGAUCUGACCUCCCAGAGCAUGGGGCAGUCGGUCCGGGGCGAGGUGGCGGGGUUCUUCCGGGUGAACCAUGCUUACAUCAACGCAACCGUCUACUAUGACGACCAGCAAACCCUUCAGGGAAACCAGAGCAUCAAGGUCUACAUGGAUGCGAACAAAUUCAUCAUCGACUUCUACCCCACCGACCAGGCGGAGAAGCCGAUUGCCCGUAUCGUGCAGACCAACUCUUCCUUCACCUUCCAGGGGACUUGCACUGGCGAUUCCACCUGGUACACCAACUAGACUGGUGCUGUUGAGCUGUGUGGCAGACAGCCAUGAUGUCGAGGGGAAGAUGGG